AUGGCCGACCAAGGACUAAAGCCAGCGCGUAUCCGCACCGGAUUAAUGAGAAAGUUUUACCUUGGUCCCCAUACGUUGCCGCAACUUAAGGUCGUGCAACGUUUUCUUUCCGAAACCGUUGGGGCUAAUGACUACCUCGACGGCUUGAGGCGUAUGGUACGAGAAACAGCCUUUACAGGCCAAGAGCAAGAUUUCGAUGCAUUUUCAUUCACGUGGAGAACGGAGGAAGAUGGUAGACCGUACGUUGGGUCGGGAGCUGAUGAGAACCCGUUUUUGGUGGGGGUGUCAUCGAAGAAACUACUACGCCAGGCAGAUCGGAAUCCUGCGACUUUUGUCGUGCACAUGGACGCAACGUUCAAAUGCAACCACGUGGACUACCCUGUGUUUGUCGUAGGCAUUACAGACUGUUGCCGAAAGUUUCAUCUUAUGGCAAUUUUUGUGUCUUCACAAAGGAAAGAAAUUCAUUUUUCUGAGGCGUUAAUGGCUCUUCGGAAGGUCUACUCUCAAGUGACCGGUAAGCAAUUAGCUGUCCGAUUUGCGAUGGGUGGCGCAGACGACGCUCAAUACAAUGCCGUUGUCCGUGUUCUCGGAGCUGAUUACGAAGUUGAAGUGCUCAUGUGCUUUUACUGUGUAGCUGCAAAAGUGCAUGAGAAGACUAGGAAGCUUCACCAUUCUCUCUACACUGUAGUGACUAGUGGUGUCCAUGACUUGCACUUUGCCGCCGGUGAGUUGGAGUAUGAAGAAGCCAAAACACGAAUCUUGAACGACUGGGCGCUGCACCCGGGCCUCGAGAGCUUCAAGGAAUAUUUUAAGCAACAAUGGUUAACCCAUCGAUUUUGGAGAUGGCAGGUGUUCCAUACUCAUCCAGCAUUUGCUGUGACGAAUAACCCCGUUGAAACGUUUAACGCGUCCCUCAAACCCGAUUACACGCUGCGUGUAAGGAUAAAAAUGGGCUCCCUGCUGCGUCAGCUAAUGGCAUGCUGCACACACGAAAGCACCACUUCCAGAUCAUUUGCUGUGGACCUAGCACCAAGUGUUACCCUUGUUCGAGGCGCUAGUGCAAUGAGGAAAGCCGGAAUGUUGUUGGAGCUGCAAUGUCGCCACAACUCAAUUGCAUUUCUGCUUAGCAAUGCCCAGGAAGGUGGAAGCGACUCUGCAAUCGAUGUUGUCCGGGUUUUCUCUCGCCAAGUACCUCGUGUCUUCGACCCUGAGGCAAAGCGUUCCCGCAAGGCGCUUCCAGUCACGGCCCAGCUCGGUGAGCAGACAGUCAGAAUGGAGAUUGAGGGGAUGCCCGAAGGUGGCUGGCCUGUGAACACACUGUCUUGGACGGGUCCGUGUCGUUACUGGAUGAAGUUUGCGGCAUGCAUCCACACAUUGCUGGCAAAGCACGUCUGUGGCGUUCACGCAAUGGGCAAGCGUGAGAGACUCGUAUACCGUGGGCCACACAAGCGUCAAGGUGCCUACGUCGGUGGGCUUCCUGGUCGCCCUUGCUUCAAUGCUCCAGCGCUACAGAUAGAAUAAGAUAAAGCACUGGUUAAUAAAUUUGUUACGAGCAA